AUGGAUGCAGAAACGCUCGUGGAAACCAAAAGAAGCCGUGCAUGCAGUAAUUGUGAUGAAACCGACGACUGGGUGAGCGAUCUUCCCAAUCCCAUUCUGCACCACAUCCUCUCCUUCCUCGACACCAAAUACACCGUCCAAACCUGCCUCCUCUCGAGGAGGUGGAGAUGCUUGUGGAAAGACGUCCCCGUCCUCAAAUUCAGCGGAUUCUCGUUCCACCACGACGAAGAUUCGGGUUUCGUCAAUCACGUGACCAAGUUUCUUGCACUACGUUUCGACUCCGCCGCGGUUUCCAGCGUGGACAUUGAUUUCGGAUUCGGCAUGCGGGACAAAAAUACCGCUUUCCAACUCAUCGACAGCGUCCUGAAACAUGCUGGUGCGGCAUCCCGUGGUAGCAAUAACCUUCACCACCUGUCCAUUGCCCGUUUUGGUACGGACGAUUCGUACGACGUCGUCGGCCGCAUCAUCGCCUACGGUCAUCACGAGUCUCUCGAGACUCUCAAGUUGGCGGGAUCCGAGAUAAAGGUCGGGUCGUUGGACCGCUUCAGAUUGCUUACAUCACUCGAACUCAGCGAUUGUUGUUUUUGCUCCACCGAGGAGGAGUCGUCGUCGCUCGAGCUCGAUCCUUUCUCGAAUCUCCCUCGUUUGAGUUAUCUCAAGGUGAUUGAUUGUCGUACGUCGUCGAAAAAUUGGUCGUUCGUGGUGUCGUCGGGCACCCAGCUGCUGGACCUCGAAGUUCGUGUGGCUCGUGAUCACAUGAAGGAUUUUGACCUGGUCGAUCGAGGUUUCUGCGCCGAAACUUGA